CUUCGAGACAGAGCCGAAAGGAGGUGUGUUCAACUCUUCAGCAGUUGCGUCAACUUAUCUUCUCUCUGUCCCCUCUUUUCCACCCAAGACAGCAACUCUUUGUCCCUUCCCUCCAACAGAAGAAGCGUGAAACAUGGCCUCUGGUAUAGCGAUUAGCGAUGAGGUGAUCAAACACUUUGAAGGAAUCAGAGUGCGCCUUCAAGGUAGCGAGGAAAAAGAGAGGUUUAAGCUAGUGGUUAUGCAACUCAGCGAAGACCAAAAGAGCAUCGUCGUGGACCACCAGUCCUCGCUGAAGAACAAGGAUGUCGAAAAAGAGGAGAACAUCUUCAAAAAGGUCGUCAGCAUGCUACCUGAAAAGGAGUGUCGCUACGCCCUGUAUGACUGCACCUACGAGACCAAGGAAACUCUUAAGGAGGAUCUGGUCUUCAUCAUGUGGGCCCCGGAUGAUGCAUCCCUGAAAAGUAAAAUGGUCUAUGCGAGCUCAAAGGGCGCUCUAAGGGCCAAGUUCCCAGGUCUGAAGCUUGAAUGGCAAGUGAACGACCCGGCCGACAAAGAAAUAUCAGCUCUGAUGGAGAAGCUGGGUGGAAAAAGCAAACUGAAGUCUAUAGAGGGAAUAUGUCUCUAAAGCUGGAGAACGACCAAUAACACCAAAUCCCAAUGAAUCGCCAAUUGGACUGUCUUUACAGAGGCAGUUAUUUUGCUGAUAUAAUGGCUUUUCUGAUUUGAGUACUCGAUUGUAUACAUGCACAUGUGAAACCAUCUGUAAUCAAAAGAUUGUGGUCUUUUGAUUACAGUAACAGUUUAACAUGUGCAUGUAUACCAUAGGGUACUCCUCCAUAUCUGACAUAAUUGGUUGAUGGUUAUAUUUUUCCACAUAGGAAAUAUAAAGUUACUCAGGAGUCUCAAUUGUAUUUUCAUUGCACCACCUUAACCUGACUUUCCAUUUUGAUUCUGUUGGGAAAAAAAACUUCCAAGUACCUCAGGAUUUCCCCUUUUUGUCGUACAUAAAUUGAAAUCUGCAGUGACUUUUUAAAGUUGUGUCAGAAAAAUUUUGUUUGUUUUUAUUUUAAAUACAGUUUUUUGGAGUUUUCUCACCACAGU